AUGUUAAAACUUUUACCAGAACCAAAAGAUUUGGAAAUUUCAUAUGAUCAAGAGUUUAUUUAUAAAUCUUGUGCUACUGAACAAAACCCUUGGAAUAGUUCAUUAAAAAUUAAAGAAAAAUUUUCCAAUAACUUGAUUAAUUCAUCUGAUGAUGCUAAAAUUCAAAUUCAUGCAUCUGCAAAGGCAAUAGAACAUGACUUGAUAUUAGACAGCAAAAUUAAAACUUCAUAUUCUGAUGAUCCUAAUUCUUAUCUUUUGCAGUCUUAUGAGAUUCAAAUUAUAAGUGGGUAUAAUUAUUAUAGUGAUGAAAAUGUUAUAAUGUCUGUCAAG